AUGAAUACCUCUGCUGGGCAAAAUGCUGACUCUGCCGAGAAGAAUGCUACAAAUCAGAACGAAACUGCUGCUGAUGCAACCAUGAUCAGUUUAGUAAAUGGGAGCGACUCGCCCGAAGACGCGGAAAGGAUUCACUGGGAAAGCGGACGGCGACUAUGGAGAACCGUUGAAAAAAAUGCAGACACGAUAACAGCUGUUGGACAUGAAUGCGUCAAGUCGGUCGUCCCUCUCGAUCUGCUUCGAUACCUGUACCUCCCUCGACAUCCCCAUGACAGAUAUUUUGACACGGAAACAAGAACGCUGUCAUACAUUCGAUCACGUUCCUUCCUACCUGUCAAGUCCCUUCCACCCGGACAGCGAAAAAGAAUUCUCGUCACGGGUGGUGCUGGCUUUGUGGGUUCGCACUUGGUCGAUCGUUUAAUGUUGAUGGGUCAAGAAGUGAUCGUGAUUGACAAUUACUUUACCGGGCGGAAGAGUAAUAUUGCUCACUGGAUAGGCCAUCCGAAUUUCGAGCUGAUUAGACAUGAUGUUGUUGAUCCGUUUUUAAUCGAAGUCGAUCAGAUAUAUCAUUUGGCUUGUCCCGCCUCUCCACCUCAUUACCAGCACAACCCUAUUAAAACGGUUAAGACUAGCGUUAUGGGGACUAUCAAUAUGCUUGGAUUAGCAAAGAGGGUCAAGGCUCGUUUUCUCCUAGCAUCUACAUCAGGCAUGUAUCCGAAAUAUCCAAUCCUACAUUAUCCAAUCCCACAUUUAUCGACCCAAAUUUACGGGGAUCCGGAAGUGCAUCCACAAUCAGAGACGUACUGGGGCAAUGUAAAUCCCAUCGGACCACGGGCAUGUUAUGAUGAGGGAAAACGGGUUGCCGAGACCUUGACGUAUGCGUAUAGGCACCAAGAUCACGUUAAUGUUAGAGUAGCUCGCAUAUUUAAUACAUAUGGUCCUCGGAUGAAUGAGAACGACGGCCGGGUAGUGAGUAAUUUUAUCAUGCAAGCGUUGAGAGGAGAAGAACUAACAAUAUAUGGAGAUGGGUCACAAACAAGAUCGUUUCAAUACAUUCACGAUCUUGUGGAUGGUCUAAUACUACUCAUGAAUAAUGAUUGCGAUCUACCGGUAAAUUUGGGUAAUCCGGAUGAAUACACCAUCCGAAGUCUUGCAGAGUUGGUUAGAGAUGAAGUGAACCCAGAUUCUAAUAUUACAACCCUGAAAGCUCCUGUUGACGAUCCAAAAAGGCGUAAACCUGAUAUAGCAAGAGCUGAGGACAAGCUAGGGUGGAAGCCGACAUGGCCAGUCAGACAGGGUAUCCAAGAAACUGUACAUUAUUUUCGGCGACAAAUGGAAGCUGGACUCGUUUGA